CUUUUCCCCUUCGUUCGACCAGUACACUUAGAUGCGCAUAGUGGGGAGUAACUAUUGAGAUCUGGAAUCAUCACAUUCUUGGUAAUUCAAGCCUUGCGCUUCGGCGUUCCCCUUCGUUUCCUUUUACCUCGUUCCUGCAUCGCAGCCUCAUUCGAACGCUCAUUUGCUCUGCGACGCGCCCGACCUAUUUCUACCAACGUCGACAACAAGGCGCUUAACAACCGUCAGAUAACCAUCAUUAUGUCUUCGUCUGAUGAGGAUAUGCCUUUGGUGAGGCGAAAUGGAGCGAAAUCCUCACCUACUAUCUCGAAGAAAGUAGAUAAGGCCAUGAGCAAUGGAGUCUCGUCGUCUCCGCCAAGCGACCAUGUAAAUCCUGGCAUCUCUGUUCGCAUGGGCCCUAUGGACAUGGACGUCGAUGAUGCAUCAGCAGCAAAAUCCAAUGGUGCUGCGAAUGGCAAGCGCAAAUCUCGCGCCAGCUUGCAGAAGACAAACUACAAGGAGGCGACAAGCUCUGAGGAUGAAGAUGUACCUUUGACCAAGAAGCGGAAAACCGCCAUUAAGUCAGACUCAGAUGAGAGCGAUGCGCCUCUCGUCAAAAAGACGACUGCCAAAAAACCUCCUAAGAUCACUGCUGCACAGAUUGGCGAGUCUGAGGACUCCGACGUUCCUCUGACGAAGAAACUCGUGAAAGAGAAAGUGAGAAUCGAGAAAAAGGCUGACGAGACGGCUAAGGCUAUUCGUGCUGAUGAGGCAAAGAAGCGGAAGGUCGCGAAGCAAGAGAGCAGCGAUGACGAUGAUGCACCACUCGUUAAGAAGAAGAAUGUCAACGGUACCAAGGCUACUAAUGGCAUUAAAAAGGAGGCGUCUACGCCAGCAUCCAAAUCGAAGAAAGCUAAGGAAGCGCCAUCGUCUUCGAAGAAGGGCAAAGCAAAGCAGGCAACUGAGGAGGACUUGGAGGCCGAAGCAGAAGAGGAAGAAUAUCGCUGGUGGGAAGAUCCGAACAAGAAUGAUGGUACGAUCAAAUGGACAACUCUAGAGCACAACGGCGUUGUUUUUCCUCCACCGUACCAGCCGUUGCCGAAGCACGUCAAAUUUAUAUAUGACGGCAAACCAUUGACUCUUCACCCCGACGCGGAGGAGGUCGCGACGUUUUACGGUAGCAUGCUGAACUCCACUGUCAAUAUUUCUAAUCCCACGUUCAACAAAAACUUUUUUAGCGACUUCAAAGAAAUAUUAGACAAGACAGGCCAUGGAAAAGACAAAGAUGGUGUUCAGGUCAAGAUAAAGGAAUUCGAAAAGUGCGACUUUACAAAGAUUUUCGAGUGGUUUGAGGCCGAGCGUGAGAGGAAGAGAGCGCUUCCUGCUGCCGAAAAGAAGGCACUUAAAGCAAAAAAGGAGGAAGAGGAGGCUCCAUAUAUGUAUUGCCAAUGGGACGGCCGCAAGCAAAAGGUUGGGAACUUCCGCGUAGAACCUCCAGGCCUCUUCCGUGGACGUGGCGAACACCCAAAGACAGGAAAAGUCAAGCGCAGAGUUAUGCCGGAGCAAAUCACCAUCAAUAUCGGCAAGGAGGCUCAAGUGCCAGCUCCACCAGAAGGUCACCGCUGGAAAGAGGUCAAGCACGAUCAAACGGGCACUUGGUUAGCGAUGUGGCAAGAAAAUAUCAAUGGUGCCUACAAGUACGUUAUGCUCGCUGCCAACUCGGAUAUCAAGGGUCAGAGUGACUAUAAAAAGUUUGAGAAAGCUCGCGAGCUCAAGAAGCACAUUGAUCGCAUCCGCAAGGAUUACACUAAAGAACUUAAGUCUGAAGUCAUGGCUGAUCGUCAGCGUGCUACUGCAGUGUACCUCAUUGACAAGUUCGCCCUCAGAGCAGGUAAUGAAAAGGGUGAAGACGAGGCGGACACUGUGGGCUGCUGUUCGCUCAAAUACGAGCACGUUACCCUCCGACCACCGAAUACGGUUAUCUUCGACUUUCUUGGUAAAGAUAGUAUAAGAUUCUACGACGAGGUAGAGGUCGACCCACAGGUUUUCAAGAACUUGAAGAUCUUCAAAAAGGCACCGAAGAGAGAAGGUGAUGAGAUCUUUGACCGAUUGACGACCUCAGCCCUAAACAAGCACUUGUCGUCGUAUAUGCCUGGAUUAACGGCCAAAGUUUUCCGUACUUAUAACGCUUCUUGGACCAUGGCCACCUUACUCAAGGAAAUGAAGGCUACCGGUUCUAUUGCAGAGAAGGUCAAAGCCUACAAUGAUGCCAACCGCAAGGUAGCUAUCCUUUGUAACCAUAAGCGCACGGUCGCAGCAGGGCAUGCUGGCUCAAUCGAAAAGAUGGAAGAAAAGAUAAAUGGUCUUCGGUAUCAACAGUGGAGAAUCAAGGCGAUGAUUCUUGACCUAGAUCCAAAGAUGAAGAAAAAGCGCGGUGCGGAAUAUUUCGAGCGCCCGAAAGACCUUGACGAUGAGUGGGUCGAGAAACACAUUGCUGCGGAAGCAGAGGCCCUUCGCGAGAAAAUUCGCAAGAAGUUCGCAAAAGAGAACGAGAAGUUGGUCGCCGAGGGCAAGAAGGAAAUGAAGGCUAAGGAGCUGGAGGAACGUCUCAAGGAGGCCGAUGCUUUUGAGAAGAAGUACAAGAAGGAGGCAAAGACUGGAAAAGUCGAAGCAGAAGGCAAAGGGCCAACCGUUGAAAAGCUCGAGGCCAACCUUGAAAAGCUUGCCCAACGAAUCGAGACAGCGAAACUGCAGAUGGAGGACAAGGAGAGCAACAAGGAGGUUGCUCUCGGCACAUCUAAGAUUAAUUACAUUGACCCUAGGCUCACUGUCGUGUUUUCUAAGAAGUUUGGCGUCCCUAUCGAGCGCUUCUUCUCCAAGACUCUGCGCGAGAAAUUCGACUGGGCCAUCAAAUCUGUUGACGAGAAUUGGGAGUUCUGAGCAUCUCCAAGCAUUUGGCACAGCACGCGACCAUGACAUCAAGUUAUUGCAUGAGCGGGUCCUGGAAGGUGGAUUAUCCGGGGUACAGGGUGGCGUUUUUUUUUUUUUUUUUUUUUUUUUGCAUCACAGGUGGCAGCGAUUGACAGCAUUUACAGAGGCCAAACAGGCUUCCUUCACAAAAUUACAUAGAUUUACCAGUGGUUCCACGCUCGUCUCCACUGGUGGCUCUGGAAUAUGACGAGCACGUCUUCAGACAAUGUGGUCGGGAAAGGGACAGCAGGCUGGAUGCAGUACGGGCGGUGGCCGCCUUGGACGGGCCGCAACACGGAUGCCGAGGGAGACUCCCGUCAGUCAUGUCCAUCGUGCAACCGGAUCGCUGGCUCGUUGGAAACAACCAUGGGCUGAGCGGAGUGAUGUAGCAUAGUGCAAGCAGACAGAUUGAACACGCAACAAGUUUGAUUCGUCGUGGUGCCCGCACGCGGUUUGGUUACUUUUCUG